CAAAGCCCGGAGUGAAUCUUUUUUGCACUGCCAUCCUCUCUCAGUCACAUGCACUCUCACUCUCCCCCUCUUUCACACCAUUCACCCCUUGCCUUCCCUCUCUGAAUCCUUCUGCUCUCUAUUUCUAUCUCCCUGAGGCUUUCUGGAGGAAUUUCUAGCUUAGAGUGCCUGUCAAGCAGUAAGAAGAAGCUCUCAAGAAGACAGAAGACAGACCAGGUGGAGAGACUGAGCAGAGUAGUGGCGUCAGUAUGCCGUGUGUGAGCUUCCUGGUGGUGGGGACUUGCCUGCUGGUCCUCGGCUCGGCUGUUUGGGGCGCCCCCAGCCAGUGCCCGGCUCAGUGUCACUGCCAUGGGGACCUGCAGCAUGUCAUCUGUGACAACGUGGGGCUGAAGAAGAUCCCGCAGGUGUCCGAGGCCACCCGUCUGCUCAACUUGCAAAGGAACAACCUGGGCAGCCUGCCCACUGGCUCCUUCGCCAGCAGCAAGGGUCUCAUCUCGUUGCACAUGCAGCACUGCCAGCUCCAUGAGAUUGGCGGCCAGGCCUUCAAGGGACUCAAGAAGCUAAUCUACCUCUACCUGUCCAACAACGAGAUCACCAGCAUCAAGCCAGGUGCCUUCGAGGACCUCACCGAGCUCACUUACCUCUACCUGGAUGGCAACCGCAUCAGCGACCUGCCCAAGGGAAUCUUCUCACCCAUGAUCAACCUGUUCAUCCUGCAGCUCAACGACAACAAGCUGCGUGACAUCAAGGCAGGCACCUUCGCCGGAGCCAAAGACCUGCGCUGGCUGCACAUGAGUGGCAAUGAGGUGAACUCGCUGCAGCCGGGCUCUCUGGACGAUGUGGAGAACCUGGCCAUCCUGCACCUGGACAGGAACAGGCUGUCCACCUAUCCUGGCCUGGCCAUGAGCAAGCUGAGAGUGGUGGAGGAACUGAGCCUGGCCAAGAACCCCAUGAGGAGCAUCCCCGACAACGCCUUCCAGAGCUUCGGACGCUACAUGGAGAAGCUGAACCUGGAUGGCAUGGGGCUGGAAAAGUUCUCUGACGCUGCAUUCAAUGGAGUGACGGCCAUCAAGUCUCUGCACCUGGACAACAACAAGCUCAAGUCCCUUCCCAACAGCCUGGAGUUCACCACUAUCACCAACCUCACACUCUCCAACAACCCCUGGAGCUGCACCUGCAUGCUUGCCCCUCUGCGCAAGUGGAUGGACUCUAGACGCCAGCGCCCUGAUGCGCUCUGUGCAUCUCCAUCCUCACAGAGAGGAAAGCAGAUCAGAGACAGCUCUGCCUUCAGCAGCUGCAAAGUCAAGACAAAGAGAGCCAAGAAGGGCACGCGCCAUUAAAAGAGGAGACGCUGCCUGAGGGGAAAGGCCUGUCCAGGUGACGGGCUCUGUACGUGUGCAGAGAAAGAAAGAAAUAAAGCAACUCUAACUGCUACUUCAAGACUGUCCAACUCACUAUCUGCCAAAUCUCAAUUUCACAUGUACACACAGGAAGUGAUACGUGACACAAACACAUGCACACAAAAAACACAAACAGAAAACCAAAAGGCUUACACGAAGCAGAGACUCAAGAAAACACUUGUACACAAGUGGAAGAAUUGUGUGGUUCAGUUAAAAGACAACAUUCACACAACCCACACACACACACAACAUACACACAACCUUUAUCAAUACAAACACACACCUUUGUUUCAUCCCACU